UUAAUUUAUGCAAAUUCUUCAUAUUUACGAUUUUGGCGAUGGGCUGGGAAGAUGUGGUACGUGUUUUCAAGCGGCUGAAUAAUGUUUUCGAAAAGUAUGAAAAGUUGCCCUCGUUUAUUUUGAAACCAAAACAAGUUCAAUGUUUCGAGUAUUUAGGAGAAGGACACCACGUUAUAGCUGUUUUGCCUACUGGGUUUGGUAAAUCGUUAAUUUAUCAACUUUUACCCGACUUUGUUCCAGAACGAAAGGCAGGCAAUAUUGUACUUGUUGUCUCUCCUUUAACAUCAAUUAUUCAAGAUCAGUUAGUAAAUUUAAGUAAAGUAGGCAUUGAAUGUGGUUUCUUACAACUCGAAGACCAAGCUAAUAGCCAGAGAUACGAACCCUUGUUUGAGGAAGAUUUGAAUGAUGCAUCAAAUUCUGUUUUUAAAAUUUCAAAAAGCAUUGUUGCAGGCAAAUGUAAAAUUUUAUUUGCACAUCCAGAGUCACUGUUAUCAGAUCAGGGAAGGAAGAUAUUACGAUCAAAAAUUUAUGAGGAAAAUGUUGUGGCUUGUGUGAUAGACGAGGCGCAUUGUGUGGAAUUAUGGGGUGAAGAAUUUCGUACAGAAUUUCAAAACUUAUCAGUUUUACAAGCAUUCUUCCCUCACAGUAUCAUGUUAGCUUUGACUGCAACUGCUUCACCAACGAAAUUACGUAAUUUAAAAAAAGCUUUGAAAAUAGAAAAUUGCAAAGUGGUUACUGCAAAUCCAAAUCGUAAAAGCAUUUUUUUAAAAAAAGAAAUAAGAAUGAGUAAUUGCAAAGGUUUAGCAGGAUAUGAGGAUAUAUUACUACCUAUCGCAACAGAGUUAAAGCACAAAAAACAAAACUGCCCUAUGACAAUUAUUUAUUUAAAGUUAAAAUAUUGUGCCUAUGCAUACAGAUUGUUUGAAAGAAUUUUGGGUGAGGAUCAAUAUGUUGAUCAUAAAAAACAUCCAUCUUCUCGACUUUUUAAUCAGUAUCACUCACCACAAACAAAGUUGAUGAAAACAACUAUUUUAGAAGAAAUAAAACGUGAAAACUCUAGAAUAAGAAUAAUUUUUGUAUUGUUUGUCACAUUUUUUAACUGAUUUUUAAGAUUUGUACGACUUAUGUUAUUUAUUCAAUAAACAUGUAUUUUUUACCUGUUUGCUGCAGCCACCUUCAAUAACAAGUACUGUAUUUAUUCUUUGCAUUAAGGACAAUUCAUGCCAUCUGUGCUGCAUUAAAAUUGAGUAAAUAAAACACAAUUUUAUCUGUAGAUCAUGCUUUUCUUUUCUUGAUCUUCAGUAAUGAAGUCGUUUUGAGGUUGUUUUGUUUUGCCAAGUUCUUUAGGAAGUAUUUUUGUGUUUGACUUUAUGUCUGUUUCAUUUGUUAUGUUUAGUAAGGGCGUAAAUUGUAGAGAUUUUUUUGACUGGAAACAGUUUUUUUGGACAGGAUAAUUUUCAUUUUUAAUGUUGAUUUUUUUUUGGUUUUGACUGCUGGUUUGGUGAAAAAGCUGCACAUCUUUUUACUGUUGUUUGCUGUUGUAAAUGGAUUUGUUGUUGUUGUACAUUAUUCUGGAA